AUAAAUUAAAUAAAUAAAUAAAUCAUUAAAUAAAAACUAAGUAGAAGGAAACUUUUACCUAAAAAUACAAAAUUCAAAAUACCGAAAGGUCGAAAUCUUAAGGAUCAACAAAUAAUAUUUGAAUAUUCUCUUAGAAUUUUCAGCAAGGAAAUGGAGUAGAAGCCACCGUUUUAAAAUCCGCUUUAGAAACUGUAAGAUCGAGGGACUAAAAUGGAUUAAAGCAGCGGCUCCUGCAUGAGCAAAUAAGCUGAGGAGUAGAAGCGAUUGUAAAUUUCUUAAUACUAAUUAAGAAAACAAUUGUAAAUGCUCCGAAACAUGCGAGGAGAGUAAACAAGCUGUGUUUCAUUAUAUAUUCCUGAGAGAAAGAAAUUAUAUGAAGUUGUCAAUUAUUUACAGUAAGAAGAAAGUGGUGCAGCCUCUAUUAAAAAUACCCAAAAUCGUAAAUCUGUGCAGAGUGCUUUAUCAAUGCUCCGUGAACGUUUGAAGAAUUUCAACCUUCACAAAAAGUAUCCUAAAGGUAUGAUUUUCUUUUGUGCUGAUUCUCUAGAUUCUAAGCGUCUUUUGAUCGAAAUUCUAGAUCCUCCAAAGGCAGUUCAGUCUUUCCGCUAUUCUUGCAAUACCAUAUUUUAUCUAGAUGACCUUGAAUAUAUGCUUAAGGACUAACCAACAUAUGGUUUUGUUGUCGCAGACGGACAUGGAUAUCUGAUAGCUACAGUCUGCGGCUUUGAUAUUUAAAUCCUCUAAAGUAAAUAAGAGGAUCUUCCUAAUAAACAUAACAAAGGUGGUUAGUCGUCUUUAAGAUUUUCUAGGCUUUGCGAUGCUGCGAGAGAAAGAUUAGUUAAGAAUAUAGCUGACGCUAUGAGAAGAUGCUAUGCUAAUGAGAAUGGAACAUAAACUAAUCUUAGUGGAAUAGUGCUUUGUGGAAUGAGUGAUAUCAAAGAUAAAGUGCAAAAAGAGCUUUAGCAGUUAUGUCCUUGCAUAGAGAACAAAAUAGUUGCUAGCUAUGAUGUAAGUUAUAGUGGUUAAGCAGGACUAAAGUAGGCUCUUUAAAUGAGUACCGAGAUGUUAAAGUUAGACUAACUCUUUUAAGAGAUGAAUCUCCUCAGUGACUUUUUCGCUAAUUUCAGUCUUGAAACAAGCAAAGUUGUUUAUGGAGGAGAGCUAACUGUUCGAGCUUUAGAAGAAGGAAAUGUUAAAAAGCUAAUUCUCUGCUAGGAUUCAGAACUUCAAAGAGUUACAGUUUAUAACUCUAAAACUCAAGAAGAAACUAUCUAAUACUUAAUGCCAUCACAAGUGAAAGCACUCUAAGACUCUAUUUCAAAGACUAGUGACUAAGAAGCCAACAAUAAGAAAAACUAAUUACAAGUAUACUCACAAUAAAACAUCAACGAAUGGAUUGUUGAAAAUAUUUCUUCAUUUAGUUAAGAUUUAGAAAUUGUUUUUGUAAGUGAUAAGACUUAGUAAGGCGUUUAGUUUUCUAAAAGCUUUUAAGGAGUUGGUGCUUAUCUCAAAUACUCUCUUGAUUACUCAUCACUUCAUGCUCAAGAAAAAGAGAAUGACCAACUUGAACAAGAAUAUUGCUAUGAUGACGAGGAAGGUUUUAUUUGA